AUGACCAACCUCCCUUCUCAUCACACUGCCAUUGUUGGCUCAGAAGAUGGCUCACUGAAAGUUGCAGAACAGGUCCCCCUACCCCGUCUGGAGAAUGAUAUGAUACUAGUUCGCAACACUGCUGUGGCACUCAAUCCAAUAGACGGCAAAAUGGUUGGCAAUCUGGCUAGUGUAGGUGCUGUGGCUGGUAUGGAUUACGUGGGAACAGUCGUCGGCAUAGGUCCCAAAGUCAAGACAGCAUCAGAGAUCCAACUAGGUGAUCGAGUUUGUGGUGCUGUUCAGGGUAUGCAUUCGUUGACUCCUAGCGUUGGCGCGUUUGCCCAGUUCGUCGGUGCUACAGACAUCGUCACUCUCAAGGUACCGCCGUCGAUGACCGUUGAAGACGCAGCAACAUUAGGGAGUGGAGUUGGAACUAUCGGCCUUGCCUUGUUUCGUUCUCUAGAUGUACCAGGCUACCCAGAAGCUCCUGCAACGGAACGGAUCCCUGUCCUCGUUUAUGGAGGUAGCACUGCGACUGGUACUUUGGCCAUCCAGCUGUUGAAACUCUCCGGGUUGAUCCCCAUCACCACAUGUUCGCCACAUAACUUUGAUCUUGUUAAAUCAUUUGGUGCUGAAGCUGUGUUUGACUACCGCCGCCCUGAAACCCCAGACGAAAUUCGGAAGUUCACACGCAACUCACUCAAAUACGUGCUGGACUGCAUCUCAGAGCCCGAGACAAUGCAGUUUUGUUACAAGUGCAUUGGAAGAACUGGAGGCAAAUACACCGCGCUUGAACCUUUUCCGCAGUUUCUGCAUACCCGACCAACAAUUCAACCUGACUGGGUCUUAGGCCCUACGCUACUAGGGAAGCCCAUCGGCUGGGGUCCUCCGUUCGAAAGGAUAGACGAGCCGUCUGCGUAG